CGAGUGUGUUUCUUGGACAUCCCUCGACCUUACCUAUCGAUAGUAUUAAUAAUCUCCCUCAAGAUGGCAGAGCUUUCAAUCGAAGCUAUCAAAGGCCGCCCUGUCGCUGUACUUGGCGGCGGUGUUCUAGGUCGACGAAUUGCAUGCACAUGGGCUGCUGCCGGUUGGACGGUCCAUGUGCGAGACCCGUCUUCCGAACAGCGCAAUGCUGCCAUCCACUACGUCGAACAGAACGUCGCCUCGUACGCAAAAACAAUCUCAUGCUCGACACCUGGUAAAGCCAUAGCUUUCGAAGACCUGGGACCCGCCGUCGAAGAUGCCUGGACCGUCAUUGAAGCUGUCCCUGAGAAGUUGCAGCUCAAGAUCGACACCUUCGCCGACCUCGCAAAAAUGACAAAGAAGGACUGCCUCUUGGCUAGCAACUCGAGCAGUUACAAGAGUGGAGAGAUGCUGGAAAAGGUCGACGACGAGGCAAAGCGACGAGUCCUGAACACCCACUACAUGAUGCCGCCGGACAACAGAAUCGUUGAACUCAUGACUGAUGGCUUCACCGAUGAGAACGUCUUCCCCUUCUACGUCGAGAGACUGAAGGAGUGUGGUAUGAGCCCCAUUGUCGCCAGAAGGGAAAGCACGGGAUUCGUCUUCAACCGCAUCUGGGCCGCCAUCAAGCGUGAAUGUCUUACCGUCCUCAGUGAGGGUGUUAGCACACCUGAGGAGCUGGACCGCGUCUGGGUCGAGAUGUUCUCUGGAGCCAAGGCUGGUCCCUGCGCCAUGAUGGAUGCAGUUGGUCUCGACACAGUCGUUUUCAUUGAAGAGCAUUACGUCAAGGAGCGUGGGCUGCCGACCAAGGAUACUGUCGACUACCUGCAGAAGAACUUCAUCGACAAUGGAAAGCUAGGUGGCAAGAGCGGAAAAGGUGGUCUAUACCCCGCCGGCUACACUACCAAAUCGAGCGAGGAGGAGUCAAGUCAUCACGACAAUUUGCACUCGCCAACAUUGUACUACCUCGACCUGGGCAUGAAUGCUACAAAGGACCCUAUGCAUGCCGGAAAGAUUGUCGCACAAUCAGCAUCAGGAACAGAAGCCAAGACGCUGGUCUCCGGUUUGACCCUACCCGAUGGUCUUGACAUCUCAGUCAAGGACAACCGCAUCUACUGGACAAACAUGGGCGUUCCAUCUGAAAACGACGGAAGCAUCCAAUCCUGUAAGCUUGAUGGUUCUGACAUCAAGGAGAUUGUUAAGAAGGGUGACGUGCAUACUCCGAAGCAACUCAUCGUGGAUCAGGAGAACAACAAGCUCUACUUCUGCGAUCGUGAGGGUCUGCGAGUCAUGAGAUGCAAUCUCGACGGACGCGAGCAGGAGACGCUGGUCCAAAGAGGUGAUUGGAACGUCAAGGAAGAAUCUCAAGACAACAUGAGAUGGUGUGUUGGUAUCUCUGUCGACACCCAAAGAGGCUACUUUUACUGGACACAGAAGGGUACCAGCAAGGGCGGCAAGGGUAGAAUCUACAGAGCAAAGAUCGACACGCCCUCUGGCCAGAACGCAUCAUCCAGAUCCGAUAUCGAGACUAUCCUGAAUGGCCUGCCAGAACCGAUCGAUCUCGAGAUUGACAUGGAAGCGGGCAAGCUAUACUGGACCGACCGUGGCGACCCGCCUUUCGGUAACACAAUCAACAGCAUCAGCGUUGAGAAUCUCAGUCACGCUGAAGAUGCAAGCGACAACCCAAAGUACGACAUCCUGGCCCGCAACAUGCAUGAAGCCAUCGGCCUCAAGCUUGACAAAAGAAACCAGCACAUUUACGCAACAGACAUGGGUGGCUUCGUGUACAGAUUCGACAUGGAUGGCCAGAACAAGAAGAGAGUCGUUGAUUCAGAAGAGAGAUCAUUCUCCGGAAUCACUCUGGCACAUGUUUGAUCAAGCUGAUCUAGUAAGACGUUGAUAGAAUAAUAUAUCACCUAAAAAGACUCAAACAUACAACUCCCU